AUUUUACAUUAUAGCCUCAGUGUUGCUAUACCUCUUAAGCAGAAAAAAAGAAGCUGGAAAAAAGCCUAUAAGGUCCUUAAACGUGUCUUUGUUCUUUUAUGGGCAGAAUGGGCCAAACAAGCUGUCAGUCUUUAAAAAGAGGCAUGAUGGAUCACUGCCUGUUUCUGUCUGAUUCAGAGUCUGUCUGCAGGAUUCUGUGAAGAAAUCCAACAAAUAUUUAAACCAAGACACCUUUAGACCAAAUUUAUAUUUAGGCUGAGUUUGUUUUUAGUGUCCACAUUCCCUUUAUGCUAAAUUAAUGCAAGAAAAACAAAUAAUAUUGCAGCUAAAACAGCAUACAGGCCAUACACUUAAAAAAAAACAACGAUUGGGCUCAACAAUGAAAAAAUUAAGACUAAUUUCUAUGUAAAUUAUGUUCUACCAACAAACUACACCGAAUUAAGGGAAUUAGCUUUGCGCAUUUUCUAUUUAUCUAUUCUAAAUGACUGAAUUUGUAAGGGAUAAAGGAUGGGACUUGAAAUUCUAAGCACAAGGUGAAGAAAAAAUUAAGUUUUGAAGCCAAUUUCAUUAACUUGAAUAUCAACAAAUGCAGAGAUUUGAGUUUAAGUUACACAAAACAUUAAGUUGAUGCAACUACUAUUAUAAUUAUCACGUCUAAUGAACUCAUCAAAACAGUGUUUGCAACUUUAAAGGUUUAUCUAAAUCAGCAAAUUACAUUAUUUAAUCUUGCAACAAUUAAGUAGUGGGAAUAGGUCUGUUAUACUUUUUAGAGAUUUAUACAUUUAAAUAGUUACUACAGCAGCUUUAAGGUUUGGAAUAAAUAAUUUAGACGUCUGCAGCGAUGUAAACCAUAUCAACAUCAGGAAUGAUUUGUUUCGUAGGUUAAUGAUAUUAAAACUAUUUAAAUCCACAUUAUUACUAUCAUCGUUGCUGUUACGUGUCAUGAUUUUUUUUUAUUUGUCAUUAAUUUGUCAUUUUCAGCUGCCCUCACACUGCAGCCUGAAACUGUGUCCUGAUGUUUGUGUUCUUAUCAGAUGGAUGAGCGCGUUUGAUUGAAGCGUUUGUCAUGUAAAUGCGAGCCGUUUGAUGGACGAGCCCGCAGACUUGACAGAGUGCUGGAGGUCCUUCGCCAUUGGCGUUUAGCGGGUCACAUGGUGUGUCAGGAAGGUGAUAUGAGGGUGGAAGGCAGUUUUACAGCUUUGACAUACUACCUAGAAGGUUUAGGGCAAAGGGAGCACCGAUUAAUGACCGCUCAGUUUAGAUCACUUCCGAACAAACACCAGGCCCAGGAUGAACUCCUACCUAGACUACCCCGUGUGCAACCGAGGGGCGAAUAUCUUCAGUGCCAAGGCCGGAUACCACAACCUCAAUCAUGGAUACAUGUCGUCCAACCCGUGCGCAACAAGUGAUAGUUACGCAGCGGACGGUCGCUUAGUGGCCGCGACCUCUGCGCCCCACCAGACCCAGAGCCUCCCUCUGCACCACCAGACCCACGUCAACUUGGACCUGCAGUUCGGAGCGCCUGGGAGCUCCGUGUACGGCUCACCUCUGGAGUACGGACAUCACCAGUACGGCCUCGCCCCCGAGCAGGACCGGAGCUUGAUUCAGGUUUCGCCCCUCGGGACAAACAUGGCUCCUUACACCGGGGACAGCUGCGGGCCUGGGGUCGCGCCCAGCAGCCAGUAUCUGCACUUUGGGGAUCAGAGGCAGCAAGAAUAUUCAGAAAGCGUUUACACGAGGUUACCGCCCCAGUGCAAGGAGAAGGAUUUGGAGCAUGUGGAGGAAAGUUCCAAAACUUUCGACUGGAUGAAGGUGAAGAGGAAUCCUCCUAAAACAGCUGUCCUGUCGGAGUUCGGGGUUCCGGGUCAGCACAACGUGAUCCGCACCAACUUCACCACGAAGCAGCUGACCGAGCUGGAGAAAGAGUUCCACUUCAACAAGUACCUGACGCGGGCACGGCGGGUGGAGGUGGCGGCCAGUCUGGAGCUCAACGAGACGCAGGUGAAGAUCUGGUUCCAGAACCGCAGGAUGAAGCAGAAGAAGCGGGAGAAGCUGGGCUGCGUUCUGGUCAGCACUCCAGCACCCGUGGAGAAACUCUGUGGCUCUGACAGCUCUCCAAAGGCCAGGGACAAAAUCUGUGAACCUUAAAAAAAAAAAGGAAAAAAGAAAGAAAAGGACAGUGGAGGCCUGAGCAGAAGUUUCCAUAUCUGUUCCCUGCAGUUGCACCAUUCCAGUAAAAAAAAACUGAAAUUUUCUUGAGGACUUGUGAAGUAAACAGGGUAGUCAUUGAUCUCUGAAGUGGAUGCUGGAAAAAAACUUUAAAAAAUGUCUUUUCUUGUAUUUGUAAUCCUCCUAUCAUAAGCCCAUGCUGUGUUUUGAGUUGGAGCACUGAUGAACUCAGUGUCAUUGUUUGCACUAUUUAUUUACAGGGUAUUUUCCAACAACUGUUGAGCUGAUUUAGCUUAAUAAAGUCUAUAAAAAUCAA